AUGUUCAAGUACGAAUAUGUUCCUACCUUGUUUUUUGUGGAAUAUUGGGUCAUUCGGAUAGGUUGUCCUCAUUGUUCGUUGUACUUUCUUGAUAAAAUCGUUAAGCCGUAUGGGGCUGGUAUGCGUGCCCAACCAAGAAGGCGGAAUCACUUAAUCGGAUCGAAAUGGCUCAGAACCGGUGAGGAUGAAGACGACUCCUUCAAUGGUGGUGCGACUGGUCCAGGUUCAGUGCACUCAAUCAAUGCUCAAGGCCAAAUUUCCUCUUCAGGAGGAGUUAUGUCCACCAAUCAAGGAAUAUCAACAGGUAAAUUACCUGUUAUUAUCUCAAAUCAAUUAGAAGGAGUGAAUCUUGGAAAGUCAAAUAUCCAAGGAAUUAAUGUUGUGGCUGAUCCUAUUCACGUGGGGACUGUUAUGGAAACAAGUGAGGCUUCUCCUUUGCUUGUUGUUGAUACUAAAAGAAGAAGGACUAAUGAAGUGGUUUCUAUUGGGCCCGAUGGAGUGGGCCUGCAAAAUAGCGAAAAUAUGGAUAUUCUAGUGUGUGAUGAUGAUACUGAAGAAGGCUCAAAAAAUGGGCUUUUGGGGCUUGGGAACCCACGGGCUUUUCAAUUCAUUUCGGAUCUUGUUAUCCAGAAGAGACCCAAUCUUGUUUUUCUUUGUGAAACGUUAUGUCGGAAGAAUUUGGUGGAAAAGCUUAGAGUGGCUAUCGGUUUUGAGGGAAUGAUAGCUAGUGAUGCUCGUGGUCAUAGUGGUGGUGUUGCGUUGUUGUGGCGGUUUAGUGAUGAAGUUGUUUUGUUGGGUUAUUCUUUGAACUACAUUGAUAUAAAAAUAACCACGGCUAGAGAAGCACCUUGGAGGCUUACGGGGUUCUAUGGUGAGCCUAAUAGAUCGUUUCGUGCUAGAACUUGGGAUCAAAUUCGUGCUUUAAAGUCUGACUCUCCUCUACCUUGGUGUGUUAUUGGUGAUUUGAACAAUGUAACGUCUCAGGCGGAUAAAAGAGGUUAUCCAUUCACUUGGGAAAGGGGUCGUGGCUCUAAUAAUUGGAUUGAGGUUCGCCUUGACCGUGUUCUUGCUUCACAUGAUUGGACUCAACGCUUUAUUUCGGCCCAGCUCUUCAAUCUUGAAGUGACGAUAUCAGACCAUUGUCCUAUCCUUCUCCGAACUGCUGCGAUCAAUCUCCACCAUUCGGUUACUAAUUUUCGCUUUGAAAAUGCAUGGCUCCGUGAGCCAUUGUGCAGGCAAGUAAUACUUGACAGCUGGGAAGUUUGCGUGGGGCUCACUCUAAUAGACAAAAUAAAAUAUUGUGGUGAGAAGUUGAUGGUUUGGGGUCAAGACUACACGGUGUAUACUCAGCGUGAGGUUUUUUGGCGUCAGCGUUCUAAGCAACUUUGGCUUCGUGAGGGUGAUCAGAAUAGCAAGUUCUUCCAUGCAAAGGCAACUGCUCGUAAGAAAAAUAAUUCCAUUAAUUCUCUUUUGAAUAAUUCUGGUGUGUGGGUUGAUUGGGAAGGGGGUCUUUCGGAUGUUAUUAUUGAUUAUUUCUCUGAUAUAUUUACUUCCACUAGCUCUAACUUUGAUCCUGUGGUAAGUGGUAUUCGGCCGACUAUUACUAGUGUUCAGAAUGACUCUCUGUUACAACAAGUUACACCUGAGGAGAUUAAAAAAGCUUUGUUCCAAAUGCACCCCGAUAAAUCACCUGGACCCGAUGGAAUGACACCUGGGUUCUAUCAGAAGUAUUGGGAUGUGGUUGGUGUGGAUGUUAUAUCUCAAGUUGUUGAUUUUUUUGAGACUUGCUCUUUUCCUGCUGCUUUGAAUCAAACCAAUAUUGUCCUCAUCCCUAAGAAGAAACAUGUUACCACUAUGAGUGAUCUAACGCCUAUCUCUUUGUGCAAUGUGGCUUACAAAGUUGUCUCUAAAGUGCUUGCGAAUCGGCUCAAGAUAGUUUUGCCGAAUGUUAUCUCUGAAAAUCAAUCUGCUUUCAUCUCGGGGCGUCUGAUCUCUGAUAACAUCAUGGUUGCUUUUGAGGUUAUGCAUUACCUUAAGCGUAAGCGUAAAGAGAAAACGGGAUUUAUGGCACUAAAGUUGGAUCUUAGCAAAGCUUAUGAUCGCAUUGAAUGGGGUUUCUUGAAAGCUAUGAUGCUUCGUAUGGGUUUCCAUCCAUGGACGGAGGGACUUUAG